GACUGCGUAAGUGUAUUAUUUUUUUUUAUGUCAAAAAGCGGUUUGUGUACUUCGGAAGUAUUCGCCUGUGGAGUGAGAGAAUUGUAUUUUAAUUUUAGUAUAAACUUGUGGUGAAGGAAUAGUUGAAUGCCAUUAGAUGAAGACAUACCUCACUUGACUGUUGAAUCUUUUAAUUUCACUUCUGUAUCUCUAUAUUACUAUACUUGAUGGCAGGCCAUCCCUCUCGUAAACUUAGCACAACUGGUGAUAGUCUGUAUCAGAUUUUAGAAUUACCAAAGACUAGUACCAAAGAUGAAAUCAAAAAGAAAUAUCGUCAGCUAGCUUUGAAAUAUCACCCUGACAAAAACCUUGAAAAUCCACAGGUUGCAGAGAAGUUCAAAGACAUCAAUAGAGCACACAGCAUUUUGAUAGAUGAAACCAAAAGAAAUAUCUAUGAUAAAUAUGGAUCUUUGGGAUUGUAUGCUGCAGAACAUUUUGGAGAAUCAAACGUGAAUGCCUAUUUUGUGCUUUCCAGUGGUUGGUUCAAGGCAUUCUGUGCACUGUGUGGAAUAAUAACAGGGUGUUAUUUCUGUUGCUGUUUUUGCUGCUGUUGUUGCUUCAACUUUUGUUGUGGUAAAUGUAAACCUGAAGUGGCCGAUGAAGAUGAAUUUGAACAGCAAGAAGAUGGAGAUGCAUCAAAUAAUGAAGAAGACCAUGACGAUUCCAAAUCAAAGUUAAAUGAGGGUGCUUCUAGCUCAAAUAAUCCAAUUACAACUCAGCCAUCAUCGUCUGAUAAACCAGCAGCUAUACCACUGCCCUACACCGAUACUCCUUAUACAGAUUCACCAACUUCUGAAAAAACUAGUCUGAGCAAAUCCUCGCAAAAGACAUAUGCUACCAAUCAAAAUACAGAUGAAGGUGAGAGUUAAGAUAUACAUUCCAUGUAUUUGUCUAGGACUUCUCAUGUUUUACAAAUAUAUCUGACUGGAUUUAUAUUUGUAAUUGGUAUUCCUCUUUAAUGAUUUGUGAUUUAUUCAGUUUAGAUUUAUUUUUUACCAUUCCUACUUGAAUCUUUGAAAUUUAUUAUAUUUUAAAAUUUGAGCUCUAAGAUUAAAGAAGUGGUUUGGAGUUUCUUUUGUGGUUCUGCAUGAUAUAUAUAGAUGUUGCCAUCUAUCAGUUUUAAUGUUUAGUCAAAUCAAACAAAAAAAAAUUUAUUUUCGAGUGAAAAGUAAUUGUUGCUGUAUAAAAGAAAUGUCUAAAUUUAUGCGCAUGGACUUUGAAUUAGUUCAAAUAUUUUAAGGCAGCAUAAAUAACAUUUUUUGCUUAUAUUGAUGAUGAAUUUUUUGCAUUUUGCAACUUUGAUUGAUAAUAGAAUGAAUGAAUUAUUUUUAACAUUAAUUUUUUUCUCAUUUAAAUUGUUAUUUUUUUAAUUAAAGAUUUGCUGUCCCCGGUGUUCACCAACUAAAUACUGAAAUUUCCUUAUAUUAUCAUUCUUGAAAAUAGUAUUUAAUCUUCUCCAGCUUCAAAUUUUUUAAAGUUGUCAUAUUUUUUAAAAAUCUUUUUUAUUAUGCAUGUAUGGUAAAAAAAAUUUUUUAGACAAUGGCAGAUUAGAAUUUUAAAGUUUGUUUUCACCUCCUUUCCCCUUUCCCAGUUUUAUCAAUCAUUAAUUUUCCGUGUUUUGUUUGUUAUUUAAAUAUGACAACCGAAAUAUGCAUUAAAUAUUCUACUGUGAUCAUAGAAUGAAAAUGAGCAGCUUGAUUUCAAUAUAUCUUGAAAACAAAAGGAUUCAGUGUCUGUAGGUUAUGGGCAACCAAAACAAAAUUUGAGUCAGUACAUUCUAUUAAACUGGUAAACCAAAUUAACUCUUAUAUAUUUGGCAUAUCUAAACAAAGUGAGGAGAUGCCUUAAAUCUAAUAUAAUCAAUUUACAAUUAGUAAUAUUUUACUUAUCUUAUUUGUAUUUAGAUUAAUUAAAAUUAAAUAUUGUCUUUUUUACAUAACUGACCAAGAUAUUUUAAAUGUGGUUUUUAUAGUAUUGACAACAGCUUAUGGAGGAAAUGAAUAAUUAUUAUUUUCUGUUGAUCCAUUACAUAUGAUUGAUUUUUGAUUUCCAACCUAUUGUAUCAGAACAAAAAUACUUCGAUCCCAGUUUAAAUGCCUUUUUGGAAAAGUGAAUAUUUCUUGCUUUUGAUUUUUCAACUUGAAUAACUUCCUCUUAAUUAAAUUUUUUUUUAAUUGUCUUUUAAGGUCUGGCCAUAUUUUUGUCAUAGUUGGUUUCACUAACCUUUUAAUUUGCCAAUAUAUGAAUUUUACUUUUCUCAAUUUUAUGCAUACACUUUAAUUAUUAAUCAAAUUUGGAAGAAGUGAAUUUCAAAUAAUUUGCUUUGUGUUUAAUUUUAAAAUAUUUUCAAUAUCAAAAUGCCAUUUUUAUUUACAUUCCUGAGACAAGUCCAUAAUAAAUCCAGACAUUUCCCUGAAUCUGAAUACAUAUCAAGAUUUGUUUCACUGCCUAUUUUUUUUUUAGUAAUUUUUAUAUAAUUUUUCACACAGAAUUGGAUUCCUAUGUUUUAUGAUGAACAUUAUUGAAAAUGUAAAUUUUUUUGCUGAUAUUUCUGCAUUAUCACUAUUUAAAGAAUACAUAAAUUUAAAUGCAAAUUUCUUAAAUGUUUGACCAUAUGUUGUGGAAAUCUUUCUGGAAAAAAGCAUUUCAAAAUCCUUAUGGAUAUUUUCACAUAAUAUGAAUAAUUAAAUUUGCAUUUUCAAGCUAAAUGUUUAUAUACUCGAAAAAUCUGUUUUUAAAUUUUUCUUCAGUAAUGUUGGAUACAAAAUAUCUUGCAAUAGGGUAUUAACAGAAAACUCAGUUAUUUAAUAUUUUAUUAGUUUUUCAUAUAUAAAGAUGCUGACUUAAUCUUGAAUUUAUUCCUAUUAUUGUGUCAUUUUAAUGAUAAAAUGAAUAAGAUUGUCAAACUCUGUUCAUGAUUUAUCCCUAGUUAAAUCUGAUUCAAAACAGCCACCUCUAUAAAAAUAGUUGUUCAUGUGAUGAUAAUUUUAAUUCUUUUCCUUUUUUAAUACUGUAACUCUAAUACUGAGUAAUCUUAAGAGUUGGAAAGAGUCCUUUGCUUUUCAAAAAUAAUAUUUAAAAUGAAAUAAAUUUUGUUUGGUUAUUAAAAGUUUGUGUUCAUGCUUUUAUAAAGUAUCAAAUCUAGAUUUUAAAUUCUUUUUUUAAAUUAUUUGUAAUUUUUAAAAAAUCAUAUUUUAAUUUGAGUUAAUGUUUCAGGAAAUUGUCCAUAUGUAUUUAACUAGCCUCUCUAUUCUUUAUUUGUCUGCAUAAACUGAUUUUGUUUUCUUUUCAUAUAUUUACACAUAUGUGAAUUGUCAUUUUAACCAAUAGUCUUUCACUAUGACGCCAAUAGUAACUUUUCCAAAGCAACAGAUGAAAAUGUAGUAUUUUCAUUAGAAUAAGAAAGUUAUUUGCAACAAUUUUCUUCACUGUUAACUUUACUAGUAUAUAGUGAUAAUACUCCAGAAUAAACACGUUAUUUUUCUAUGUUAUUUAUAAUGAAUAUUCUUAAAAUACUAUGCCUCACAUGCUGCUAUUUGGUGUGCCAGUUUGAUUUUUGGUUUGCUCUUCUAUUUCUAUCUAAACAAGAAUAUUUUGCUUUUAGUCCAUUAAUGCCCAGUUUGAUUUAUUUCAACUAUAUUUUAAAAACCAGAAUUGAAGUAAUGAAAGUUGAAUGAAAUUCUGAAGAAAGAAAGAAAAAAAGGAAAAGGAAGAAAUUUAAGUUUAGUAGAAAACCAUUUUCAAAGUUUUUUUAUGGCUAUAUAUUAAAAUACUUAAAAUAUUCUUAAAAAUCACUAUCUUAUUACUUUUAAAUUUCCUGUAUUACUUCAGAAAUAAAUAAAGGAACAAAAUUAUAAUUAUUUGGUUUAAUAAUGAAGCUAAUAGUUAGUGUAUUCCAUUAGGAAAUGAUUGGGCAAAGUUAAAUAGACGCAAUAAAAUUUGUUCGGUUUAGCCACUGAAGUAAAAUAUAACUAUUUUAUAAAUUAAACUCUGGGCAUUAUUGGGUCAAAGUUCUCUUUAUUGACAUGAUAUUACUAUUAAUUUUUGUUAUUGAAACCCUAAGCAGCAUUGUUGUACUUGUAAAAAUCUAUAAUAAAAUAGAAACUGAAAUCAAAUUUUCAAUUUCAUUGCAAUUUUUCGAUUAUUGUGUGUUGUUAUUAUACUAUUCUUUUUUUUUAUUGAAAGUAAUUAAAGAAUGUAUAAAAUUAUUUCAAAAACAUUUUAUAAUAUAUUUAUACAUGCUAUAAAAUACUGUAUUUUUCUGUCAUUUUGGAGAUCUUAAGAACGAACUAGCAGUAAUGGAUGUUAUGUUUUGAAACUCUUAUUCCUUAGUAAUAUUGUAAUUAAGCUCUGUUUUUGUUUUUAAAGUCAAGUAAAAAUGAAAUUUUGAUGGCUAUCUUUAAUUUGACUUAAUUUUAUUUGUUUUGAAUAUCUGUAUUGGCUGUAAAACUUCUUUCAUUGUAAAGUGCUUUUCAGUACAUCUUUAUGUAUAGAAAGUAUAAGUAACAUUACUAGUCUUAGUUCUUGUAUGAAUGGUAAAAGUUUAGAAAGACAUUACAUCUAAUGCAUAAGGUAAAAACAGAAAUUUUGGGUAAUGAGAUUUGCUAAUAUGCUUUCAUUUUAAUUGUGCUUAAUUUUGCAUUAUAGCUAAAGAGAAAAAAACUGGCUAGCCAAAAGUCACCAACUUGUAGAUCCUUAAUAAAUGUUUUUAAAAUGCUCAAUCUUGCAUUUUUUUAAUUGAUUUAUUAAGUACUUAAAGAGCUUGUAAGAAUAGACUUCAGGUAUGGCAGCGUUAUUAGAUCUCAUUUCAUGUUUUAAGGACUGUUCUCACUGAAGAAUAUAGGAACAAUUCUUAGUUACUAAAGCAGUAUCGUUAAAUACCACAUCUGCUUCUUGGUGCUUGAUUUAAAACUUUUAUUUGUAUUCUUAAAAAUGAAAUGAAAGUAGGAGAGUUUUGUAAGCAGUAGCCAUUAUAAUCCAUACAGUCCACAUUAUUUUAUUGUAAAGCUAAUUUGUGCAUGGAUGUAUAUAAAUGUUCAAAGAUUUAUUGUAAAGUGUUUUAUAUUUUUUAACUGUAGUGUUGUUCAUAUUUAAAUAAAAUUUUCUGUAAUCAUAUUGUA